AUGCCUUACCAGAUGUAUGCAUUUGGCAGCAAUGGGGAGGGACAACUCGGGUUACCUGCUGCGGAAAUUGUUGACGUACCAACCAGAGUUACUGAUACGCUACCUCUUUGGGAUGUUUCUGCAAUACGAGGAGGUGACAACCAUACUUUGAUCUUAUGCAAAGACGGAGUCGUUUAUGGAGUUGGCGACAAUCGCAAGGGCCAGUUAGGUUCUUUGGGAAAGGAACCUCAAAUCCCAGUUUUCAAAAGAGUAUAUGAAAAUGCAUCUUUGAUUGCAGCCACUUGCGAAUCUUCUGCAUAUGUCACGAGAAGCGAUUCUGGGGAGAGCUACAUCUACACUGAGGGUACUGGCCAAUGGGGAGAACUCGGUCGUGAAGAGCAGGCCGGUCCUUCGACAUCGAACCGCAUUACUACAUCGUUUCCUGGUGCAAUUGUGGACUUUUCUGCAGGUGUUUGGCACUAUGUAACGGUUCUCGACGAUGGCUCAGUCUAUGGCUGGGGAAAGGCUCGCCUAAGUCAACUUGGCGGUAUCCUUACUGGCAAAGUUACAACUCCGACAAAGAUUAACGACAUACCAUUUAGACCCACCAAAGGGGUCUGCGGUAAAGAUUUUACGUACCUCGUUGGUGAAUCGUCCUCUGGAGAACACUUUCUACUUGGCAAAGACAAGUUCAAUAUCAUUUCCAGCAUGCCGAAACACAUCAAGGGUUGGAAAGAUAUCGGCGCUACAUGGCAUGCCAUCUUUGUCUUGUUCAACGACGGGACACUCACCGCGUGGGGUAAAGAGAACAUGUGGAAAUUGCUUCCACCAGAUCUGCCACUCCUGAAUAAAAUCGCAGUGGGCUCAGAUCAUGUGCUCGCCGUAACCAGAGAUGGUAGAUUGAUAUCGUGGGGAUGGGGAAAACAUGGGAACUGUGGUGACUUGAAGGAUCUCAAGCAGGAGAUCAAAAAUGAUAUGGUUAGCGGGUUUUGGAACGAGAUUGAGGUUCCUGGUGAGGUAGAGACUAUUGGGGCUGGGUUUUGUACUAGCUUUGUCAUUACGAAAUAA